AUGAGUCAAUUUACUUUUGAACAAAUUAAGUAGGCUGGGCUACCUUAACAUGAUAGCUUAAGAAAAGAAAUUGUUAGCUUCUUUUAGCUAAACGGAUAUAUUUUAGUUGUAGACAUUCCAGAUUUAAUGAGCAUUUAAACUAAACUUUAUAAAGAAAUAGAAUGUAUGAAUGAAUAACAUCACUACAAAGAAAUGACUUAUUCUAAUCUAGGAAUCGAGAAAUAAAAUGAAAUUUUUGUCUACGCAAACAACAUAUACCCUUUGUAAAAUGAAGAAUUAGUAAAAAAAGUGCUGAAAAUAAAAGACUAGGAUUCUCCUGAAAUAUUAUAAAGAGUAGAUGCAAAUUAAAAUAUAACAAAAAGUGAAAAAGAUUUUGCAGAUCUUAGUAGAUAAUUGUUUACUCUUUUAUUAAAGUUAGUAUUUACUAAAGAAAAUGGACAAGCUUAAGCUAAUUUAGAUCCAAAAUACAAAAAUUUAGAAUUGUUAAAGAUAGUAACUCAAUCAUUUGAAAAAUCAGAAGUUUAAAAGCUCAAAUCCAUAUUCGAUUUGACUGAAAAUGCAAAUACUAUCAAAAAAUUUAUUAGCCCAGAUUUUGGAUUAGGAAGUUUAAUUUCUCAUUCAACAUUAGAUGAAUAAUAAACUAAUGAAAUAUAACAAAAUAAAAAUGUUGUCAUUCAAUAAAAUGAUAAUUAAUAAACUUCAAUUCAUCUAAAAAGCACAGAUGCUAUUUUAACUUGUGGUGAGUUUUUAUCAGAAUUAUCUGAAGGAGUUAUAAAAAAACCAAAAUAUUUUAUUUAGACACAAAAUAUAAAUAAUUGUCAUAAUUAAUAAAUUAAUUAAUAAUUCUUUUAUCCUAACUUUAAUUUUGGAGAUUUAUUGCAAUAAAGCAGACCAAAUACUAACCAAUAAUCAUUAGGAUUGUACUCUCUGUAUUCCAAAAAUUUAAUAAGUGAUUGGAUUUAUAAGCAUCAUUAAAGAAUGAUUGACUUUCAAGCAAAUGAGUAUAUUAUACAAACACUGCAUUAAGAAGAGCUCUAUCCUUAAAUAAAUUUUACAAAAAAAAGCUUUUAAAAACAAGAAAACUAAAUUGAAUGUUUUCAUUUUAAUUUAAUAGACUCAACUAUGAAUAUAGCUAAGUUUUGGAAGAAGGUUUACGUAACAGAAAAAAUCAGUUAUGCUUUCUUAGCCGAUUAACAAUUUAAAGGAUAAGGCUAACAUAAUAAUGUAUGGAUAUCUCCAAAAGGUAACUGUUAUGUAACAUUCUUAGUGAAGUAUGAUCCUUUGCUAAGUUAUUGUUUACCAUAACUUUCUGCAAUUUCAGUAAUUGAAACCCUUGAUCUGUACAUUCCUCAAGAAAAGAAAUAAAUUUCACCUGUGCUUAAGUGGAUUAAUGACAUUUUUAUGAAUGAAAAGAAAAUUUCUGGGGUACUUUGUAAAGUCGAAGAUGAGCAUGUAUCUAUAGGUAUAGGAGUUAAUCUAAAUCACAGCCCAGUAGAAAUAGCUGGAUCUACAUGUUUAAAGAGUGAAUUAAGUUAGUAAAAUGAUAUAGAUAUUUUUGAAUUUAUAUAGCAUCUAUGGACUAAAUUAUCUAACAAUCUAUAAAAAGUUUCAUAGCAAAACUCUUUUCAAGCAAUUUUAGAUAAAGUUCAAGAAAGGAUGAUGUAUCUUAAUUAAAAAGUUAAAAUUUAUGAUUUGACAUUAACAAAUGUUUUAUAAGAGGGUAUCUUUAAAGGGUUAAGCGAAUAUGGAAAUGCGUGGUUGCAAAGUUUAAGCGAUCCUUAAGAAAUAGAAGCAAUUUACGAAGGAAGAAUGAGAUAAUUUUGA